AUGUCAAUAAGUCGUCGCAGAGUAGCAUUGGUCACAGGAGCAUCUUCAGGUAUAGGUUUCGCAACGUCAAUUGAACUUGCCAAGAGGGGAUACAUUGUUUUUGCGGGGGCAAGGAGGUUGGAACCAAUGGCAAAAUUAAAAGACGAUUACGGGAUCAAGACUUUCAAGUUGGAUGUUAGUGACUUGCAGAGUGUCAAGGAUGCCAGAAGUUAUAUUCAAGAAGAAACUGGUGGCAGCUUUUUGGAUAUAUUGUUCAACAAUGCUGGUCAAUCCUGCACAUUUCCAGCAAUUGAUGUUACCGAUCAACAAUUCACACAGUGUUUUGAAGUCAACUUGUUUGGGGCAAUGCGCAUGGUCAGAGAAUUUAUUCCUCUCUUAAUCAAUGCAAAGGGGGUCAUUGGGUUCACGGGUUCUGUUAGUGGAGUCAAUCCAUUCCCAUUUUCAUGCACGUACUCUGCUUCAAAAGCUGCUAUUCAGCUGUACGCUUCAGUUUUGAGAUUAGAGUUGAGACCUUUCGGAGUGAAAGUGAUCAACUUUAUCACUGGUGGAGUUAAAACAGAUAUUGAGGAUAAGAGAAGCUUACCCGCAACGUCGUUAUACAAUGUGCCUGGAAUGGAGGAAGCGUUUGACGAAAGGAGACAGAUGGCAGUUAAUAAUAAUCCACUUCCAGCUGAUGCCUAUGCCAGACAAGUUGUAAAUGAUUUUGAGCGGGCCAAGGUGGGAGGUGCUUUGCACUUGUACCGUGGAAAAAUGGCAUUUAUCUUGGGUUUCAUAACCCCGCUUCUUCCAAGAUUCGUCCUUGAAUGGUUAUUCAUUCGUAAGUUUAAGUUUGCUGGAAUUUUCCAAUACUUGAAAAAUAAGUAUGCUUCAGGCAUCAAAGCUUGA